GCGUAAAACCCUGGCAACGUCUCCAGAGCGCAAGCGAAGCACAGGGAGGAAGCAUCGCCACCCGAAACCAUAAUAGUUAACCUGAUCGUGAACACCUCACUCAUCUUAAAUCUCCACACCGAGGGGAGGAGAGAAGCAGGAGGAUAUCUGGUGGGAGGACAACGCAACACCGGCAGACCGGAUGGGAUUUCCAUGCCGACUUCAUCAAGAAUAGGAAGGAAUUAGAGUGGAGAUUAACAAAGUGGCAACAAACUAAAUAACUUAAAAACGGGAAAUCAAACUGAUAGUGGAGCGGUUAUUUGGAGAGCAUGAUGCGCGGCGCCUGGAGCGUUUUCACAUCAAAGACACCAAACCUAUCCACGUUUUACCGCGGACGAACUCUCCGAGGAAACUGAAAGAAAAGUGAAGCAGCUGAUCCAGAUUUAACCAGCUGCUGUAACCUGUCAGUGUCUGGCUGCUGGUCCCUGGACCUCAGAUGGGGAACUGUUUUCUGCAAGCUCCUCUCCAGUGAUGUAAUGGAUGGUAACCCCACCUUAACUUAACCAAGUGUGCAGAACUUUAUAAACUCGAUGAAAAAUGACUGAUGCGUCCUACGUGAUAAGAUGUCUAGAAUGGAAGACACUAAUUCUUCUUUAAAAGACUAAUUAUAUAAGUGAUUGGAUAUUUGUCUCACAAUGCUCAGAGACUCUUAGUUUCUCCUCAAACAUGGAGAACGUGUCCUUGCACGGCGGUGCGCCGCCAGUGUGCAACGACUCCGUGGACUUCUACUCCCUCACAUCUGGCAACCGCAGCGACCUGAACUGCACUCCUCCCUCGGAGUUCUACUUCUACGCUGACCUUUACGUCAUUUUGCCCGUCAUCUACUCUGUGAUCUGCGCAGUGGGACUGACGGGCAACACUGCUGUCAUCUAUGUGAUCCUCAAAGCCCCCAAGAUGAAAACAGUCACCAACAUGUUCAUCCUGAACUUGGCCAUCGCCGACGAUUUGUUCACUUUGGUGCUGCCAAUCAACAUCGCCGAACACUUGCUACACUACUGGCCUUUCGGUGAGGUUUUGUGCAAAGUCAUCCUCAGCAUAGACCACUACAACAUCUUCUCCAGCAUCUAUUUCCUGACAGUAAUGAGCAUCGACCGAUACCUGGUGGUUUGGGCCACAGUGAGGUCAAAGCGCAUGCCUUACCGUACCUACCGAGCAGCCAAGAUCAUCUCCUUCUGCGUCUGGGUCCUCGUGAUCCUCAUCGUCAUGCCUUUUACUGUUUUUGCCAGCGUCUAUGUGAACCCGAACGAUGGGAGGAAGAGCUGCGUGCUGAGCUUCCCCAGCCCUGAAAGUUUGUGGUUUAAAGCCAGCCGGAUCUACACACUGAUCCUGGGCUUCGCCAUCCCGGUCUCCACCAUCUGUAUCUUAUACACCAUGAUGCUCUACAAGCUGCGAAACAUGCGGCUCAACAGCAACGCCAAGGCACUGGACAAGGCCAAGAAGAAAGUCACCAUCAUGGUGUUUAUCGUCUUGGCCGUGUGCUUGUUCUGCUGGACGCCGUUCCACCUCAGCACCAUCGUGGCUCUGACGACAGACCUGAGGACCACGCCGCUCCUGAUCGGGAUCUCCUAUUUCAUAACCAGCCUGAGCUAUGCCAACUCCUGCCUCAACCCGUUCCUCUAUGCCUUCCUGGAUGACAGUUUCAGGAAAGCUUUUAAGAAAAUGUUGGAAUGUAGACCAGCCUGAAUGUGUGAAGGUCUACAGAGACUUACUGAGUGAGGAUGGAAUGGAAUGAAAAAAGAAAAAAAUUGACAAAUCUUAAUUCUCAAUGUAUUGAUUUGAGUGUUUUUUUGGUUAAAGCUGCACGAGGCAUCUUUGCACAUAGUUUGCACAUGAUUACAAUAGAUAUCUCUCUUUUAUUUAUCUGCAAUAUGUAGAAAACAAGUAAAAUUAUGCCUGUAGAUGGCACACAACAUUCUUAAUGUGAGAAAACUCAUACUACAGUAAACCAAAGUGAUAAAAAAAAGUAAAACAUCAGAACAUUUAUUCACUCGAAACACUUUAAAUGAAUCACUUCCUCUGAUGAGGGACAGGAUGGUUUUCUUUGGCACAGCUGGACUGUUUGCAUUAUUAUAAUAUUUGCCUAGUGCAGCAUUUUAUGGGUCUGAGAACACAGUGAGAGAGAACACUGGAGGUGGAUAAAAAUGGGCAAUAUUGCUUCCAAUAGGGAACGAUAAAGGUUGACAUACAGGACCAACAGAGGUAUCUGGAAAAUAACAAAAGUCAACUGCUCAUUCUACUGUAUGAGCAGAAGUGUAUCUUAAGAACUGGCCAUGAAAUCUGAUUGUUUUCCAGUUUAAGAGCGCAAUUAAAAUGACAGACUUUUUUCCACGACGAGGAGGAAUCUAAUUACGAGGCAGUGACCUGAGAUGGGUCAAUGCGAACAGGGAUGACCUUCACUGGACUCAGAGGGACAAAACAUCUGCUGCGUGGAGAAAAGGCAGUUCAGCACGGUGUCAUUGAUUUGCAUGCUGUCAAUCAAAUCAACGUCAUGAGACUAGUCAGGGUUGGAGGGUAACAGAAGGCACAUCAGGGGACUCCAGGUGUUACAAAUACUCUAAACUUGUGGGAUGGCUUGAGAAAUAUUGUGUAUUUCAUGUAUGCAAACACUAAAUCUGCCUUCAAUGAUGAUGUGUUUUGAGCAAAGUCAUCUUCAAGUCACCAAUUUGUGGAUUACUUAAAGUUCUGUUUUUUUUUCUUCAGGUUACAGAUUUGCAAAAUAUGACUAUGGGCGCUUUAAAUGAUGGCACUGUUUGCAUACAUAUUAUUUUUCCAGAAUGUACACGCACCACUUAAGAAAUAAAAAAAGGACCUUACCAACCCUGACAACUGUACUGUAGGCCUGACAGGGACAGGCAUGGGACAGGAGGGCUAUGUAAAAAAUGCAAUCUGCAUUUCUCUUUACGUCUUCAUUUUUUUGGUGAGCUUUUGUCGCCCCCUGUUGUCAACAGGGUGGUGUUACCCAGAAGAUGCAGCCAGAGCCAUUUACUGUACAGUUUGUGCAAAGACACGACUGAGAGGAGUUACACAGUUACACACAGCUUCUGUCUGUUAUUUAGAAUCAUAAUGUACACGUUCUUUCACUUUGUGGAUUUUUUGUGAACAACAUCUUUGGUAUUUGACUUAAACCCCAUGCUGAAGUUAAUUUUCACAUUAUAGAUAUAUUUUUUUUAUCUAAUGAGAUUCACAACCAUGCUGUGCAUGUGUGGCAUCUAUCUUCUCCCUCUGUUCUUGUUUUUUGAUGUAUGAUUUCAUAGUUUUCACUAACAUUACUAUGUAAUGUGCUUGGAGCUUCUCCCAGGUGCUUGAAAAUUGCACACAAAAGAAAGUUUAUUUACAGCAGAGUUGUAACAAUAUUUUGAGACUGAUGGAGAGUUUAUACCUUUUUCCCCCCCAGGACAUUUUUCUUUAAUUUAUUAAUUAAUUAAAUGAAUUCACUGAUUGUACGUGAUACUCAUUUUAAAACUGUACUAUUCUCUCAAACACUAGUGUCAGUGUGUGUAAUUUUACACACAAUUCUUCAAAAUGCAGCCUAUGAAUUUGGUAUCUUAAAUAAUUUGAGAUCUCUGGAGUUCCGAGGCAUGACCAAACACAAGUUUACAAAGAGAGGAUUAACAGUUUGACAAAGGACCUGAUCUGUCAUUAAGACACGAGGACAUGUUGCUCAGUGACUCCUAAUCUGUUCUAUUUAAUAUGGUCAAGUGGCCGCAUGGCCACAUAAUGUAACAAAAUCAUCUAACCAUCAAAGCCAGUAUUUAAAUUCAAAUAAGACGACUGUUUCAAACAGGACACCAUUGUCCAACAACAUUGGUCUCCUGGGUCAAAGUCAUUCGCCCAAUAUUAACAGACAUUAUUAUUCAGAUUCAGAGAUUAUUCACCGCUCGCUCUUUGAUCUUUGCUACGUAGAGUUCAACUGUGGUGAACUUCGGCCGGCCAAUGCUGCCUUGGCAACACGGCUAGAUUCACAGAUGUGCAACCGUGCCUUUAAUGUGCUGUAAUAAUUAAUUAUUAUUAAAAAGGCCUCUCGAGGUCACUGCUUAGCUACAAAUGUAAAUAUGGGCUGUGAUAUAUAGUGGUUAUUUUGGGGGUGGGGACUGUCAGGCAUAAGAGGCUGCAAAGGUCUUCUUGUGCUCAUUAAUCCUGCAUUUCUCUUCUGUUUCUGUCUGUUAUCACAUUAACCUUCUGUACUGUUAAAUUGUACAACACUGCAAACACUUUACUUAUUGUAGAGCCUUUUUCAUUUUACACUCUGCUAUUUUAAAUGUAAGUGAUGCCACAUGCUGCCAGUGUAACUCCUCUCAGUAGUGGGUAUAAAUGAGCUGCUGUAGGUGAAAUCUUGCAGCAGCAGUUGUGAACUUGUGAAAAAAAAUGAUAUUCUACAAAAGGCUUCGUCUUUUAUGGGUCUGACUGCAAUGACAGAAGCUAUUCUAUAUGUCUUGCUGUAAAUAGUUAUUUUUUUGCCAUUUAACUGUAUAGUCAUCGAAAUGAAAAGUCUAAUAUUCUUCAUAAGAAAAACCUGUGUGAAACAAAUAAGAAAUAAUAUAAAAUCUGAGUUCUGAAUAGUUGUCUUUAUGCAGCCUGUAAUUAAGAAUCACGACAUCUCAUGCCAUUUAUUUAUCUUUCAUGUCUGUCAAUACCUGUUAAUUAUUUGAUAAAUAUAAGUUUAUUCCCA